AUGGAGGCGACUCCAACGCCAGACGAUGCGCAAGCUCUACGGCAGCUAACACUUGCGGACGAACAUCUUCUGAUCUGCUUUUGUGGAGUGGAUGAGACGCGAGACUGCAACUCUCAUAUCCUGCGAGAAGCCAUGCAAAAGAUCAUACGUAUCAAGAUACAAAUGGGGGACAAUCAUCAAAUUAGCCUAGCCAGGGCUCAUGAAUCGAGACUCGUUGUUGAACAAGAGUUCACGACAGAUGCCGAUGGUUUGGUGGCGGUAGUGCCUGGUUUUAUUGCUUUGUGUGCUCAGGAAGAUCUACUGGACCUAGAUGUUUUACUGGACGACGUAACUCACUAUUUUGGUGCACAUCAAGAGAUGGAAGGCCAGAGCUUUUCAUCAUUUCGCCUACUGCUUAUCUAUCGACAAGUAGAGCAGAGCCCAAGGCUUCAAACUAGCCAGCGUCAAGUCGUGGUACCAUUUAUCAACAAUCCUUCUUAUCAUUUGGACGUCAUCUAUUGGCACCACAAUGUACCUUUGGAAAUGGCCCAGAAUGUGUUCAACCAAUUUUUUAGAUUUGAUAACACAAAUCCCUAUGCCAAGUUUUACUUUUUAGAGGUGGGGGAAUCCCUGGAGAGGUUGCACCAGGCGCUAGUAUUGAUGUUAUCCCACCCGGCACAUCGAGCAAGUCAAGACGCUGCUGAACAGCUUCUUAGGUCGUGUUGUCUACCAGGCAAAUCCAGCAAAAUUAAAUAA